AUGUCUUCUCAAGUUGCCAAGGCUGCGCGCCGUGUUACGCACGAGCUUCACGGCGUCGUUGUUUCUGCUGGCCUCAUGGACAAAACUGUCAAGGUCCGAGUCGGCGGCCAGAAGUGGAACAAGAUUGUUAACAAGUGGUUUGCCGAUCCCAAGCAUUACCUUGUUCAUGAUCCCAACACAUCCCUCCGAACCGGCGAUGUUGUCUCUAUUGUCCCCGGAUGGCCGACAUCCCAACACAAGCGCCACGUUAUCAAGCACAUCAUCGCCCCCUACGGCACUCCCAUCACAGAACGCCCACCUGUGCCCACGUUGGAGGAGAGGAUAGCAGAUCGGGAGGCUAAGAAGGCUGCCAAGGAUGAGCGGAGGGCAGUGAGAAGGCAAGAGGAGGAGAGUAAGAUACAAGAGGAGAAGCGGCUGCAAAAUGAAAAAAAAGAAGCCAAGCGUAGAGCCUGGGAAGCGGCUCAGGAAAAACACAAAUCUCAGACCUCGGCGAGCGAUGUCGAUUAA